AUGGCACCGAAAGUCUCCAAUUCUAAGAAAUCCGUCCCAAUCCAGCCAGUCCCUGAAAAGCGCGGCUACGAGUUCGGUGGACCCCUAGGAGCUGCAGGAAUUGUGUUCGGUCUCCCCGUCCUGGUCUACGUCUUCGCUUUCGUCUGCAACGAUGUUUCAGGCUGCCCCGCGCCCGGGCUGUUGCACCCCUCGACCCUGACAAUCGAUCAGCUAAAGAGCGAAGUGGGGUGGCCCGAGGAGGGAGUUGUUGGGCUUUUCAAUGCUGAAGUAACUCUCUGGAUAUUGAGUUACUAUGCAUUCAGCUUGUUCUUGCAGGUCUUCCUGCCCGGCCAGGUAGCCGAAGGUGUUCCUCUCGCAUGCGGAGGCAGACACAAGUACAAGUUCAAUGCUUUCCCCUCUGCUCUCGUCAUUCUCGGAAGCUUGGCCGCCGGAACCUACAUGCACGGAGCUGAUUUCGUCGUUUGGACCUUCUUGUGGGACAACCACAUUCAGGUUAUUACGGCGAACCUGCUGAUUUCCUCGGUGGUUUCGCUUUUCGUAUACAUCCGCAGCUUCUCCAUCCCAGAACCCGGCAAGCCUAACCCGGAUCUGCGAGAGUUGGCGCCUGGAGGCCACACCGGAAAUCCGCUAUACGACUUCUUCAUCGGCCGCGAACUGAACCCCCGUAUUCGCCUGCCGAUUCCGUUCGUCGACGAGGUAUCGCGCACAAUCGACAUCAAGGUGUUUAUGGAAAUGAGACCGGGCCUGCUGGGAUGGACCAUUUUGAACCUGUCAAAUGUGGCGCAUCAGUACCGAGCCUACGGCCAUGUGACCGAUUCGAUCGUUCUGGUUACCAUCUUCCAAGCAUUCUACAUUCUGGACGCAUUGUACAUGGAGCCCGCUAUCAUGACUACCAUGGACAUCAUCAUGGACGGAUUCGGCUUCAUGUUGUCAUUUGGCGACGUGGUCUGGGUUCCCCACAUUUACAAUAUCCAGACCCGCUAUCUCUCUGUCUUCCCUCUUCAACUGGGCUGGACUGGAAUGGCACUCGUCCUGGGCGUCACCGCUGUCGGAUACUCUAUCUUCCGCGGUGCCAACAAUCAGAAGAACCGAUUCCGUACCAACCCCAACGACCCCCGCGUGAAGCACAUCAAGUACAUCGAGACUGCCAGCGGUUCGAGAUUGAUGACCUCUGGAUGGUGGGGUCUGGCCCGUCACAUCAACUACCUCGGCGACUGGAUCAUGUCGUGGGCUUACUGCCUGCCCACUGGCAUUGCAGGUUAUGCUAUCAUCGAAAGCAUCAGCCCGGUCACUGGCAACCUGGAGAAGCAGGCUGUUCAGACUCCCGAGGCUCGUGGCUGGGGCAUGAUCCUCACCUACUUCUACAUGCUCUACUUUGGGAUCCUGUUGGUUCACCGUGAAAUGCGCGACGAGGAGAAGUGCAAGAAGAAGUACGGAGCUGACUGGGACCGUUAUACCUCGAUGGUCCGCAGCCGGAUCAUUCCUGGUAUCUACUAA